ACAUGGGACUGGCUGUACCACCUGACAACCAGAUGAGGGCUGCCAUCUGAAAUGAGAAGACGUUGACGCCGUGAUGAAAAUCAGCUGGAUGAAGAAUUGCGAAAACCUGGCCAAGAAAAUUGUAGUCCCAUGUGGCAUUCAGAACCGAGAAGAACAAAGUUGGGCCUCAAAUGGGAAGUGAAAAGCUGAAGGAUGAGGCGAACAAGACUCCCGUGGUUCUUCUGGCGCUCACCAAAAAGUUCUCCCACCGUGGAAGCAAAGCAAAAGCCAUUUGCGGGCGCUUCAAUAGCAGGAAGUUGGCACCGUCCAACCAGUCUCCGGAAAGGAUUCCCCACAGUCUUUCUGCGCAUUUGUGUGAACUCCCUUCUGUUGCCGAGAUGAGUCUAAGCACCAGUGAGCUGGAGGACCUGUGGGAGUCCCUGGGCUACCUCAACUUUUCCGACACCUUUUCCAACAUAUCCAGCGUGGACGCCACGGUGUGCGCCACGGCGUUCAACCGCCACGCCCUGCUCAGCUCCAUGUGCGUCCUCUACACCUUCAUCUUUGUCGUGGGGCUGGCGGCCAACGCCCUGGUCCUGUGGGUGAACGUCCGCGCCCAGCGGGACUCCACCCCUCGCCACGAGACCCACACGUACAUCGCCCACCUUUCCGUGGCUGACCUGUGCGUGUGCGCCACCCUGCCGGUGUGGGUCACCUCGCUGGCCCAGCACGGCCACUGGCCCUUCGGCGAGGUGGCGUGCAAACUCACGCACCUGCUCUUCUCCGUCAACCUCUUCGGGAGCAUCUUCUUCCUGGCGUGCAUGAGCGUGGACCGCUAUCUGAGCGUGAGGCGCCACCGAGAGAACCAGGGCGGCGUGCGCAGGAAGCUGAACCGCCGCGUGGUCUGCCUCGGGGUCUGGCUUCUGGCUUUGGUGGCGUCCUUGCCGGACACCUACUUCCUACGUACGGUGAAGGCCUCGCACGGGGACAGCAUGCUAUGUCGGCCCGUGUACCCGGAGGAGAACCCGAGGGAGUGGAUGGUGGGCGUCCAGUUGAGCUUCAUCCUCUUGGGCUUCCUCCUCCCCUUCCCCGUGAUCGCGUUCUUUUACGCGCUGUUGGCCAGAGCCUUCACUCGCGCGUCCUCGCCGUCGUCCUCCACGGUAGAGCAAGAGCGUCGCGUGAGCCGCAGGGUGAUCCUGGCCUACAUCGUGGUGUUCCUGGGCUGCUGGGGGCCGUACCACGCCGUGCUGUUGGCCGACUCGCUCGCCCAGCUGGGCGUGCUGCCUCUCACCUGCGGCCUGGAGAAUUUCCUGUACGUGGCCAUGCACCUCACCCAGUGCCUGUCCUUGCUGCACUGCUGCUUCAACCCCAUCCUGUAUAACUUCAUCAACCGGAACUACCGCUACGACCUCAUGAAGGCCUUCAUCUUUAAGUACUCCACGCGGACUGGCCUCGCCCGCCUCAUCGAGACGUCCAACAUGUCCGACGCGGAAUACUCCGCGGUCGCCGCCGACAACCCCCCGCAGAUAUGAGGAGCUCUACGUUAAAGCUGAUUAAAAUUAAAAUUCCGUCCACCACCAAUUGUCGUCACAUUUGACAUUAAAUGACAUGUUACGGACAUUUUCUGCGGCUCUAUCGAAAAAAUCCUGCGGACAGGAGCGUAUUUCGAUGGACUGAUUGCGUAAAAAGCACUUAAGGAGCCGUUUUAUUCGUGAAAUCAUCUAUAUACAUGGUUGAUUAUUAUUUUUUUUAAGCCAAACCAGUGUGUAAAAACAUUUUUAUGCGUAAGGUUGAGUAACGCAGUGUUUCUGACCAUCUAUUAGCCAAUGCAGAUAUUUCACAAUAGAACAUUUAAUGGGAUUCCACCAAAGAAAAAUGUGAUAGUGGAACGAUGACGAUGAUCUGGUUUCAAUUUACUCGCACAUCUAGUUAUGACUCAUUUUGUUGUGUAAAAUGCAAAAGUUGGAUGCAGAGUUUUUUGCCAUAUUAUGAAAGACCAUUUAACACAAAUGAACGGAUUUGUGGGUGGUAACUUUUGGACGCUGUGCUGCCGUUUAAUGGUCGAAAAUCACUGCAUUUCCUGUGUUUAAGUCGAGAGAGACUCUGGCAGGCACGGCGAGAACCAUAUUUGUGAAACGGCAUCUUUAAUCAAUCUAUUUAUACUCGAAUUGUUUUGACUUUGUCACUCACACACUGCUCGACCGCAUUCACGUCUGCCUCAUCCCUUUCAGUAUGUCCACUGACGGGUUCCUUGUUCAAGUCCUGCUGUCACACGUGAAGUAUGAAAACCUCAUGGCGUCACCUCAGUUGAAUACUUCGACCAAAGGAGAAACACAUUUACUGUACUACAUAAUUAAGUUACCUUAUGAUGAUUCGUAAUUCACAUAAAAAGUUGCGAACUGCUAGUUAAUAAGCCUUUUUUCUGUUACCAUUUGUCUUUUGUAUUGCUGUGCAGUGGUGGUAUGCGAACUGCUAGCUAACCUGUGUCCUUACCGCAGCCUUCGAGCAAGCAUUUGAAUUUGCCUUACGAAGCCUCUUAUCACACAAUAAAGCUGCUCACUGCUAGUUUGCCUGCUUUGCUAGCUCACACUGUGUCUUUAGCAUUGUAGCGUUGUGAUAUUUGUGCUAAAAUGACACCAUUACACGCUCAUAUGCGUAAUGUAUGAAGCUCUUAUCAGACAAAAUGCCGCUAACUGCUCGUUAGUCUGAUUUCUGAAACCUUUUCUGCUAGCCUGCAUUUUUUUAAUCAUUGCUGCUCUGUGAUAUGUGUUCUAAAAUGAAACUUUUAUCAGUGUGCAUGGGUACAUAAUUACUGUAGCUUAUUGGUAAUUGCUAGUUAGUGCGCUUCACAAACUUGUUUCUGCUAGCCUGUGUCUUUGGUUUUACUGUGCUAUCUGCUAAAACUUAAUUACAUGUGUUCGUGGUUACUUUGCGAAGCCUCUUAUCAGACAUCAAGAGUUACAAACUAACCUUUUUCGCAAGCAUACGUCAUUGCUAUGUCGUAUGUGCUAAAAUGAAACCAUUACACGUUUAUAGUUACCUUACGUAGCGUCUUUUGAGACAUAAAAGGCUGGAAACUGCUAGUUAGCCUUCUUCACAAGGCUUUUUCCAUUAGCCUGCGACUUCAGCCUAGCCGUGCCGCGAUGUAUGCGGCUCAAUGACCUCAUACCCACACUACGCGCAUAUUAUCGGGUUUUAAAUGACAGGCAGGUGAGUUUAUUCUUAGAGCCAGCUCCCGCAAAGCCAGCUAGCAUUGUCUGGACCAAAGGUCAUAAACAGUGUCACGUUUCCAACACUUCCUAUUGAAGCUGCAGUCAAUAAAUAACCCUCAUUUGACGCGUUUCCCACUGAAGUCCAAAGCCUCAUAAUAGAGGGCACAACUGGGGGGGGGCGUAACAGAGUAAUUAUCUCUUUAGUGCCGCCGACCGAGUGCGGGCGAAAAACGCCGCCUGUGAUGUCGUUUCUACGUUACAUUUGAAACGGAAUGAAUCCUGCUGUAUCAGCACGCGAGGGCCACACAAGCGCACACUCGUCGGCGACUUUUACAACCAAAUAACGGAAAGAAAUAGCUUUACUGCUUGUGUGCGGGCAGCAGCUGCGAUGUUGACGCGUGACUCCGAAAUGUUGAUUAGAGGACCAAAUGAUUGCAGUUUGUCAUGUUGGAUGUUUGUGUUUGAGUGAGUAAUUUUUUUUUGUCUUGGCCACCGUCUAAUGCAGGGGAAUAUUAUCAUUUCAUAUGCCGCCAUGGUGUCAUGCGAUCGAGACAGGGGAGAGGAACGCGUUUGCAACGGCGCAGGCAUCCCUUUGCUAUUUGUACAAAUGUUCUGUCAAAUAUAUUAAACAGAGUGAAAAUAUUUUGUCUCCGUACUUCCCGGCUCCUGUCAUAAUAAUCUCACAUCUUGAUUUAUCCAUAUGGCAGAGGCCUUCGCGUCUCCUGUCCUCCGGUGGUCCGCAAAAACGAUUUGAAAUAAGUGAUGGGUAUGUUGAAUCUUUUUUUUCUUUAUUAAAGUAGUGCAUACCGACAUAAUGGGACCGGUGUGCUAUUUUAAAAAAAAAAGAGGGAAAAAAACAUCAUAUAUGCCUUUUUUUAACAAAAUGCAUAUUACAGAAAUAAUUCUAUAUCAUGCAUAUUACAGAAAUAAUUCUAUAUUUUUGAGAAUAAAAGGUGUAUCUUUUUUUUUUUAGAAUAAAGGUAUUUUUUU